CCUAUCAACGGUCGUAAACAGGGCGUAGGGGAGUCGAGAACUGGAAGCAGAAUAACUAUUCGACCCAACAGUUAGCAAGGCGUAGGGUUUUUUUCUCGCAUCUCCGAUCCGCUCCUGCCGCUUCUUCUCCAUGUCACGACACAUCAUCCGGCAGCAGUCGCUCCUCGCGGCGGUCCCCUACCUUCUCCGACAUCAGCAGACGCGGUGGGCUCACGGCCGCCUUUCUCCUCGCGGCUCCUCUUCUCGCGGCCCCUCGCUGCCAAACAAGAAAACGGAGGGCAAAUCGGAGUGGUGGACGGUGGACGGUGAGAUGCAUGAGGUCGGCGAGCACGUUCCCCGCAGGGAGCGAUUUGUCAUCCCCAGAGACAACCUCCCCAACAAACGCCGCAAGCAGAUGCGCGAGCAGUUCAUGCGCAGCACCCGCCUCGUUCUCAAAGACACGGAGCAUGAGCCUUGGUGUAAAAAAUAUAUGGAGUUAUAUCAAGAGCUUAGGGAGAAUUGGGAAAGGCUUUACUGGGAUGAAGGAUAUUCAAAAAAGAUUGCUCAAGAUCAUGCCAAUUAUGAAUCUGCUGAGGAUGAUGACUUGGACUUUUCACCAUACAGGAGAAGACAAUCAUAUGCUGAGCUAAAGGAAGAAGGUCAUAGUGGUAUUGAAAUAUCACAAAGGAUUCGUCAAGUACGAGAUAGAUUUGAAUAUGAGAGAGAAAGAAGAAUCACGGACAGAGCAUUUGCUCCUAUGAAUACGACGAACACUCCUCCCUAUCCUCAAAAUCCAAAUUCAAGGCCUUAUCGUUCUGGAGCCAAGUUCUUCCCCCAGACCUUCAGAGGCUACAAGUGAUGGCAUUUCGAUGGUUGGUCUUGUUCAUUUUUUUUUCAAGUUGCAAGUUGAUGGCAUUGUGGUAAUCGUUGUUGCUUCGUCUUUCCAGUUCUGAUAGAAAAACGUUUACAGUUUACUUACCGAAGCUGCCCUUGAAUAAUUGCCCUGCUUAUCACAGAAUGUAGUAGCUUCUGGAUUUGGGCUAGGUAUAUGCGAACCUGUCCAACAGUCCACAGUAUAUCAAUUCCAACUGUGGAACAGAAUAGUGUACGUGGGUAUUAUUUUUGUUAUUAUGUUUUCCACUUCCGAAUCCUCAAGAGGAUACAAGGCUGGUUUAUUUACUGAAAAUUUAUUUAUGAAAAAUAUUAAAUAAUUUUCUUGUU